CUUUUCUUUGUUCCGCUGUUUUCAUUUUCUGAGAUUUUUGACGUUUUCUGCCAUCACUGUUUCACUUCUUUCGAUUUUGAAUGAGCGACGAUCUCGACUACAACUUGUUCUGGCAGCAGCUCCAACAUCAGCACGGCGCACUCUACGAUGUUGCCCAGACCAACUGCUACGUGAUUUGCGUGCCGUGCACUGCUGUCUGGGCGGGCCUGCCGCUGACCGUCGCCGUGCCAAAGCCAAUCAUUGAAUCGCACAUUCUCAAGCCAUCGCCGUACUUUCACGGAACGUUCCACAGCUCGGCGCGCGGAAAGGAGCACAUUGAAAUCUCUAUUGAAGACGGACAUGUCGUCGUGCAGUCGCCGGCUGGGCUGGACGGCAAAGCUGCACUCACUGCUGCGAACGUCAAGUUCACCGCUGCUCAAUCCGUCGAGCCGUUCAAGGCCAAGAUCAUGUCCGAGGAGCUCUUCUAUAAUGCUCAGUACAAGCAAUUCCGUGUGCUGGUGCUGCAGGAUACGCUGAGCCCCGUCGAGGUUGCCGCGUUUCGACAGCAGAACGGACUCGGGUCUUCCGCGUCGUCCGCCGACAAGAGCAAGCGCAUGUCGCGCGUUCAUGAGUUUAUCAACUCGGGCGGAGCUCGUGACCCCCUGAUUGUGCGGAAAACACCAGCAGCGCACGCAGAGUUUCUCGAGGCAUUUCCAGAGAACGCGUCCGCCAUUGCGUCAGCAACCAACGCCAUCCAAGCCUUCAAUCGAGGCUAUGUUCUUGUCAAGGGGUAUCUUGAGCAUGCAUCGCGGAAGGUUGAGAUGCUGUGCGAGCAGUUUUAUGCGGAUUUAUUGGAUGGAAACCAGUUAUUCAGCUCCUCAAGAGAUGAUAGCAAAGUGCAAGAUGCCAUCCGACUUGCAGCAGAGAGCUUUAUAUUGGACGGAAUCCACACCAAGCUAUUUUCAGCACUUUGCGCGAUUGACGAAGAAGCCGACCUGCAGCUGCAUCACCGUUUGGCAGCGCUGGGCCCCUUGCUGCGCCCAGAUCAUCUGGGGAUUAAGCCCCAGUUCAUGUGCGACCUGCCAGAUGCUCUCAAGGAGCUAUCGCGGUUGGAUACGCUUCGCACGCCGACCGAAAAGCUCUGGUGUCUCAAAGACACGACCCAGAAAAUCGCCAACGGGGUUGCCGAGCAUUUCGCAGCCAAGGGUCGGAGUGCGAGUGAAGCGGUUGUAACUGCGGAUGAACUCAUUCCGCUUCUGGCCCGUGCCAUUGCCUUUUCAGCGCCGAUGCACUGGCAGGCAAACGUCGAGUACAUCCAGCACUUUCAAUUUACCGGUGCAUCUGUGCCAGAUUUAAAUUUCGCGAUGGUCUCGUGUCUAGCAGCACACUCGUUUUUGCAAAGUCCGCCACUCUUGAAGAUGACUGCGGGGCUGAAAGCAACCUCACCAGAAAUGCCGCGAUUGUCGCGUGGCGCAUCCGUGACUGCUGUGCGCGAUGUCAGUGAGCUUUGGUCGAACUCGGAACCGGCAGGCUCGGGUUCACCGGCCAGCGGUCGACGGGCAGACCUGGCUGGUAGCUCCGCAAGAGGCCCAGGCCGUUCGCUCUCGUCGCUCUCUCGCGCAAACAGCACCCAUCCCGCAGUCGCCCUGCCGGAAGACGCCUUGAGCGAUUUGCUCGGCAGUAGCAGCAUCAGUAGUAGCAGCAGUAGCAGUAGCAAUUAUAGCAGUAGCAGCAACAGCGGCAGCAGCAGUUAUCGAACGUACGCAUCUCCCAAUGCAGGUGUUGCAGCGCUCCAACGGCGAAGCACCUUGCCAACCAUUCGACCUCCGGAUGUGAUUUCAACCCCUCCGAUUGCAAGGCCGUCUCCAUCUCUGUCCAUGCGUCGCCCUGCCACCAAUGUGCUCCAGUCCAGUCCUGGCGACGGCGGUCCCGACCUGGGCGAUUUCCUCUCGGAUACUUCCGUGAGCUCGAGCUACUCGUCGCUUGGCCGCUGAAGGCGCCGUGGCUCGCUUUUGUCUGCUCGCUCUUGUACUUUUGUGUACCAUGUGCUGUCACUGAUGUAUUGAACAAACGCCCCUUUUGACACA